AUGAGUUUCACCCGCGACAGCGGCAAAGUUUGCCACGUUUUAGCUAUGCCGUUUCCGGGAAGAGGACACAUCAACCCCAUGCUAAGCUUAUGUAAGAUCCUAGCAUCACGAAGACCAGACGAAAUUCUCAUAACCUUCGUAAUAACCGAAGAGUGGCUCGGCUAUAUCGGCGCCGAUCCAAAGCCGGAAGCCAUCCGCUUCGCUACUAUUCCCAACGUGAUUCCAUCGGAGCGCGAGAAAGCAGGUGAUUUUCCAGGUUUCUAUGAAGCCACCAUGACGAAGAUGGAAGCGCCGUUUGAGCGGCUUCUUGAUCAGCUUGUACCUCCGGUGGAUGUGAUAAUUGGUGACGUUGAGCUGCGGUGGCCUGUUGCUGUUUCUAAUCGGAGGAAUAUUCCGGUGGCUGCGUUUUGGACUAUGUCGGCGUCGUUUUACUCUAUGUUACAUCACCUUGAUGUCUUCUCACGUGACCGACACUUAACAAUUGGGACACUUGGUGAAAAGCCAGAGAACAUUCCAGGAAUUUCUUCACUUCACAUGGAAGAUCUUCUAACUGUUCUUCGCAAAACUGAUGAGCGGGCAAUGCAGCUUGCAUUGGAAUGCAUAUCUGCGGCGUCCAAAGCAAGUUAUCUUCUGUUCACCACAGUUCAAGAAUUUGAGGUCGAAACAAUUGAUACCCUUAAAGAUAUAUUCUCCUUUCCCGUCUAUCCUAUUGGUCCUGCAAUACCCUAUUUGGAACUCGAAGAAAAUAAUUCCGGAAACACACAUAAUCGUCAUGACUACAUAAAAUGGCUAGAUUCUCAACCAGAUGAAUCAGUAUUAUACAUUUCUUUUGGCAGUUUAUUUUCGGUAUCCAAUGCCCAAAUGGACGAAAUUGUUGAAGCGCUAAACAAUACUGGAAUUCGAUACCUGUAUGUUGCUCGGGGCGAAACAUCUCGAUUAAAAGACAAGUGUGGAGAUAAAGGGAUGGCGAUACCAUGGUGUGAUCAACUAAGGGUAUUGUCACAUUCUUCUAUAGGUGGAUUUUGGACCCAUUGUGGAUGGAAUUCAACUUUGGAAACUGUUUUUGCUGGUGUACCAAUUUUGACAUUUCCACUUUUCUUGGAUCAAUUUCCUAAUAGUAGUCAAAUUGUUGAUGAAUGGAAAAAUGGGUGGAAGAUAGCGGUAUUACCAUCAUCAGAGAGUGAAGUGAUUCUAGAAAAAGAAGAGAUAGAAGUGCUUGUUAAGAGUUUUAUGGAUCUUGAAUGCGAAGAGGGAAAGAAAAUUAGAGAUAGAGCAAGAGAACUUAAGGUUAUGUUUCAUAAAGCUAUUGGCAAAGGUGGAUCUUCAGAUAAGAACCUCGACGCAUUUUUCAAUGACAUUUCAUUUCAAGGUCUCUAA